GUUGGCUUUUUGUCCAACGCAUUAACGGAUGGAACUGAUGCUGGGAAAGUAUGGAAGGACGAGUACCUCGGCGUGAACGCAACGGUGAAGGGUGAGACAGUGACGAGCACGGAGUGGGGCUUGAGGUUCAAAGGCGCAGCAGCGGGGGCGGAGUGGCCGGUGGGCAGCAAGGGGCAGAACCAGCCGUACUACUUUGCGAACAACGAGUUCACUCUUGUGGCGACGGUGGCGAUCCACGCGGUGCCGGAGGAGGACACUCCUUUGAUGGGUGCAAGGAUGAAUGACACGGACGGUACUGCUCUCUUUGACUUGUCGUACACGAGGGAAAAGAAGUGGAAGUUUCAAAUUGCUAACACUAAAACCGGACAAGAUGCCGAUUAUUUUGAGUUGGAACUAAACAAAACAUAUCAGGUGCUGGUGGAAAUGAAUAUAAACGAGUGGUAUGUGUAUAUUAACGGGGCUAAUAUAUACGACAGCGAUGAUGAUGAGGAGGGCACCGUUUCUACGAAUGUGGAAGCCCUGUUCAGGUCGCACCGGAUCUCGCACUUCUACUUUGGCGGUGGCAGUGCGGCGGAGGGCACAGCGACCAGCCACGAUGUGACGGUGUCCAACGUCCUGCUGUACAACGAGGCACUUGGCGGUAAGGAGAUCCGGGAACUUAAUGCCAGCACAGUCGCACUUCCACAGCCGGCCGCUGAGAGACCGGACCCCAAAGGGGAGGCUUCCCCUGGCACUACUGAUGGUGAUGCGGAGAAGCCUGAUUCUGAGUCGCAGUCUAAGGACGAACUCGAUUGGGAAAAACCUUCUGAUGCCGACCAGGACGCCGCUGACACGAAUGAUGGUGGGGAUGACUCUCAGGCACCGGAAAAUUCGUCAUCAGUUCCAGCGCCCCGGCCCCCAACAACUGAACAAAGCCAGCCACAGGAACCCGGCAAGCCAUCGGCGGCGCAAGAUGAGGAAACACUGCCUUCAUCAAAUGAAGAAGACGAAGUCAAUGAUGAUAAAGUCGACGGUGGUGUUGGGCUGCCUCCUGAAGGUGGCGUCUCUGAAAGAGUGGUUGGUGAAAAGGAGGAGGAGGAAGCAGAGGUGGAGGAGGAGGAAGAAGGGCCGCGUGGUGGCGCUGAAUUGGGGCCUCUGCCGCCUUCAUCGUCGAAGGUGAGCGCUGAUGCUGAUGGACACGGCGACGGUAAGGCGGAUGCCGCUGAAAACGUACCCUUCGCAGCACGAGCCCGACGGGAACCGUGUGCAG